UACGGCCGCAGCUUAGCAGAGCUGUCCGUCAGCUGGAGUGUACACACCGAGCAGUACCUGGACGGACAGGAUCUGAGGCCCUUCGCGCCUCUUAGUCGGUGUUUUGGUUAUCGGCGAAUAAUCUUAAUAUUUGGUGCAUUUUUCCAGGGAAAGUCGGAUAGGGGAAUGACUAGCCUCGAUUCCCCGUGCCUGUUUCUCCGUCCGUAAGGAGCGCUAUCAAGGAUGCUACCUCCGAGAAGUAUCAAGAACCGACCCCGGGCCUCUCUACCACCCGGGGUCCUUCUCUGUGCAAUUCUGGUUGCUGUCAGCGCGAGUAUGCCAGCGGACAAAUGUCCUCGCAGCCUCGACUGCGCCCGUGAAAAACGCCAUUUCUGUCAGCCAGGCUCCUCCAACUGUGGCCCAUGCCUCUCCCCGUUCGAGGAGAAUGAUGACGGGCGGUGUGUGAUCAGGAAGAGGCACACCCACCACAGUAAAAUGACCUCAUUUCCAGAGCUGGAUGAAGAGAUUGACUUCCUGUCCUCUGUCAUUGCCAAACAAGAAGAUUCGGAAAUCAAACAAUCAGUAACACCCUCUCAGGUGAGCCCGAAAGCCAAGCUUGGAGAUCCACAGAAGAAGAGCCCGUCCAAUGCCACAGUAGGACACCCCAGAACAAGCAGCCCCCCCACCUCACCGCCCCACCCUCCCACGCAGCCGGCGGACCGUAGCGGGCCCCUGGCGAUCCCCUACCCCUCCAAGGAUGGCCUUCUGAUCAUUAUGGUUGGUGUGUGUAUCGUUGUGGGGACUGUGGCUUUGAUUCUGGCAGCAAUUUGCUGGGUCAGGUUGCAGAAGGAAUCACGCAUGGCCCAGAAGGUGGAUUACCCAGCAUUUAAUGUAAUGGCACCCACCUCCUCCGACAGAACCUCGCCAGGGGAUAAGAAGCUAGCUCAGAGCGCCCAGAUGUAUCACUACCAGCAUCAAAAGCAACAGAUGUUAUCAAUGGAGAAACACAAAGAGGAGCCCAAGAUACCAGACUCAGGGGCCACGUCAGACGAGGAAAAUGAGGAUGGGGACUUCACAGUGUACGAGUGUCCUGGAUUGGCACCAACUGGAGAGAUGGAGGUUAAAAACCCACUGUUUGAUGAUUCUACGCUGCAUUCCCAGAGGAACCACAAGUAACACACACAUACAAAUGCACACACACAAACACACACUCUCAACCUGUGGUAAAAUACUCAAACAUAAACACAUACAGCAAAAUGCACCAUCACACAAAUAGAUGUGAACACUGUAUAUCAAUAGUCUAAAACAUUACACAGACAAACCUACACACAAUCACAGGAGGGAAAACCCUCCCCUGUACUGUCGGAAAGGCCUACCAGACAUCCCCUGUGGUGUACCAAGUAUCUCAGAAUAAAUGGGGGAAGCAUGAGACAAGGACAAGGGCAGAGCGUCUGAAGAAGAGAUGAAAUUGACUGUACAGAGAUCUGCCAGGACUCCAGCGAGCCACCUGGACACACUGCCCCCCGAUGGAAAUUCUGUGGAAUUGCAUCCCAGUUUGAGCAUUACCCCACAUUGACCCUUCCCCCCUCUCUGCUGUCCUGACCAGGUUCAUUCCCUGCUGUCUCCCCCUGACUGUUCACCAUUCAAGAAGCUGACAUCUCCUCCCAUCCACACAACCCCCUCUCACACAUAUAUUUUCUUCUUUCUCUCAACAUAGUUUCUGUUAAGCUUUCACUGAUUUAUGUUUUUUUCUCUCUGUUUGCUUUGUCUUUUUUUAGUGGUUGUCUUUUAGUUGACCAUAGUGAAAGGAGGACCAUGUGUAGAUUAUGCUGAGUUUGUCUUCUCUUUCUCUUUGUGUUUGGUUGUGCUUACUCUCUCUCUGUCUGUGUCUCUGUAUCUCUGUAUUUCUCACUCUCAGUGAUGUAGCUGUUCUCACCAUGUCAUCCUGUAUAACCGGUGCUCCGGUGCUUUCCAAAAAGCUCUUAUUUGGUUGAGAUAAAAUAAGACAUCAUUCACACACACACACACACAUACACACACAUUUGGGGAGCAAGAACAACAAAAAUGGGGGGUAUCAAGAUUUCUGCCACAGACAGUCCCUUGAAUAUGUACCCCCGUCCCCCAAGUAUUUAACCCAAUGUAAAUUGUGCAAAGAAGUGAAAGCUGUAAAACUCACACUUCAGCUGAUACUAUGCUGAUUCCCAGAAUGACCUCUGAGCUGCACGGAUGUGUUUCAAGAUUUGAUCCAGAAUAUACAGAGUGAAAUACGCUUGGAGUGAAAUCUGCUCUAAGUGGAAUCUGCCUUGGUUGCAGUACAGAAGAGAGAGACCUGGGGCUCACUGUAAGUGCGAUAUACUGUGAGAUCAAUACUGUCAAUUCUUUCCUUUUUUAAGUACUGCUUGUCAGGGAGGAUUGUGCUCUCAGAAAUAUCAAAUUUCUUUUUGGCAAAUGUGCAAAUGUUGAUUUCUGUCUGUACUUGUUUCAAAAAACAAUUGCAGGUGGAUAUUUUUUUUUUUACAUUCCAUAUGAAAGAUUUUAGUAACUUUCACACACUGUAUGUACAUACACGUUAGACUUUAAGCGACACCAGUUAAUAGUUUUAUGCAUGAAGUGAUUUCAGUGUGUUAAGAAAAUGAAAAUUUAUAUUGUUUUCAUGUAUGUAUGUAUACAUGUGUGUGUACAUAUUAUUUAUAAUAUGUGCACACACACAUAGCUACAUGCAUACAUGGAGUACCCACGUGGAGUUACAUAUUAAAUCCCCUUCAAUGUAAUGUCUGAAAUGUGAGCAGACAUGUAAUGUGAUGAAUGUCCUUAUCUCAAUGAAAUUCCAAAGAAUUGUAAAAAGCUGGAACAAUUUCUGCACCAGAGCCCACACAUUGUGUAAAUAUCUCAGACCAGUAUCAUCUGUCUACCAUCAACUGACUCACACACAACUGACUGAACCUCCUUUUUAAUGUAAAUACGUACAAAUGUGUCAAGAAAUAAAUCUACCCACCUAUAUGUAUGGAUCUGAACAUGCUGAAUUAUCUGGUAAUUCCAAUUCUCCAUUAACUUAAACACUUUGUGAAUCUGAUUCUAUUGUAGGACGCUGUGUGUCACCUGUGUCUUUGGGGGGCAUUACUGCAUGUCACAAGCCAGUUAGUGAACAGUAUUCAUACUGGUCAAGGGGCACCUGCCUUGAAAUAAGGGCCACUGAACAAUUGAAAACAAAUAAGUGAAAUGAGGUUCCACUCAAAUCACCUCACAACCUGUUUAUCUUGUUGGUCAUGCCUUGUGUUCUAUUCAGAUUUGUCCUUGAUGUUAGCUGAAAUACACAAGUAUAUGCCACAAACAGCUAAAUCGUUUCAAUGGUUGGACAACUAUGUGGACUUGUUAACAUGUUAACAGAGAAUAGUUUUUUUAAGCAAAAAAAACUUCUUUCCGUUGAGAGUGCAAGCUACAAAGUCUGUUUCCUGUUCUGAUUCUCACCACAAUCAGAUUUAAAUAAACUGAUAAGACAAUUAGACUGUCCUGGAACUGCACUAAAUUUAAAGAAAAAACUAGAACGAAUUUAAUAGCCAACUUCACUGUAACCUCUCCAGCUCUUCAAAGAUACGGACUAAAUUUGUUCACCUGGAGGGAGAGUUGCUAUCAGAUUAAAAGAAAACAAACUUUGGUUCAGAGAUCAAAAUUUGAGUACCAGUCCCUCAAAUGUAUCUGUGCUAUCCAUUAGAUGAUUAAAGACAUGAACAAGGAUAAAAAAGGCAAAAAUGUGAUUCCACCUCUUUGAUAGUGAAUGUUGUCAUGCCUUAAAAGUAAUCAUCAAGGGAGAGCAGACUAGUCAAACUGUGCACUCUGUGUGUGUGCUUGUGUGUGUAUGCAAGUCUGGCAUGUUCCUCUCCUGUUACAUUAUGUAGUUCUCAAUAUUUUUCUACAAAAAAGCGCUUUUUAACUGUGCGGCUAAUUGUUUACUAGCUAUGAAUGCUCCCAACCUGACGUUUUGUAAUGCUAUCUGUUGUACAGUUCACUCAAUCACAACAGUCUAAAUAAAUAACUACUGCUCACUAGGUGGGGGGAAGUCAAUGCAGACAUGCAGGAUCUGCACUUGAGCACACACAUCCACUCUUACACAUGCUCAGCACCCCACAUAAACACCCUCUGUGAAUCUGAAACAAACACCAGUAAUCCUAAGGGGAUGACUGUGGCUUUUAACUGAACUGAUUGUGGAAAAAAACCUCGAACGCUAGCAAAGGGGACACACACCGUUCUCACUCCCCAAGCUUGUAAUGGGCCAUUUUUGCCACUUAUAGGUGUGCUUUUUGGGGGAGCAGUAGGGUGGAAGAUGCCUUUUGAGGCAGCGCUGGGCCAUUAAGGCCAUUGUACUGCCUGAUAGCAGGAGGCAAGCAGUUAAGUGGUCGAGGUAGAUAGACCCCAUCAGCCGAGAGUAACACAGCUCCUAUACCGCAUUUGGGUUGUGACAGUUAAUUUUUGAAAGCCUCGAUCAAGGCUAGCUCCAACUUCCCUAAUUGCCUGAAGGAAAGGUCCUGAAGAGACAUAUCAGUCAGAUGUUGUUGAAACGGGUUGAAAUGCUCUGUGAGGACAGUAUAGGUGAGCCUGGCCCAACCAGAAUCCAGUGUAAAGCUGGGCUUGGUUAUGAUAGAGAGUCAUGUAGAGUCAAGUAGCUUAAGCCAAAUUUCUACUCCUGAGGCAUAGAGAUUUGGAACUGACAAAACAAUGAAACCAAGCUGGUCAGCAGUGGUCCAUGGAGAAAACCACAUGGGGACAGUAGGGGGCAGUGAGGAAGUCGCUAUUGUCUAUAGUAGAAUGCAAAUUAAUUUUUUCAAACACUGCAAAAAUAGAAUCGGCCCUUGGUGCAGAAGGCAUGAAGGUAGCAAUCAAUGUGGAUGUCAAAGCUCAAGGCAUUUAGGAGAGUUUAGGGAAAUAUUUAGAGGUGGUCUGACUGGUUCGGGGGCAGGGCAGCAUAUGAGCAAUUCAAUGGGGGUUGGGGGUGGUAUUAAGAAUGGGGAAACUCUGUGACUGAGUGGAAUAAACUAAAACACAUAGUUUUGGGGAACAUAUCAUGCCCCUGCAUUAACUCCCACUUUGGUGACCAAACCUUACAUUUUGUAUGGCAGGUCGAGUCAGCAUGUGUUGCUGGGGGAAACUCUGCCCCUCAAGUGAUUUACAAAUUGUUUCACAACUUGGGCAGUUUGACCUGCAUGUAG